AUGCUCAGUACCACAUGGGCAAGGAAAGAUAAAGCUACUUGGAAGGCAAAUUAUGCUCAACGUCUCAUGGAACUUUUUAGUGAAUAUUCUAAAGUAUUUAUUGUUGGUGCUGAUAAUGUUGGCUCUAAACAAAUGCAACAAAUUCGUAUCUCACUUCGAGACAGAGCCACCUUACUGAUGGGAAAAAACACCACUAUUAGAAAGAUCAUUCGAGGCUCAGUUGAUACAAACCCUAAUCUGGAGAGGCUCAUAACUCACAUUAAAGGAAAUGUUGGUUUUGUUUUCACACAUGAUGAUCUCAAAGAGGUCAGAGACAUCAUUGAAUCAACAAGGUAGGGUCAGGCACCUGCUAAAGCUGGAGCACUUGCGCCCAUUGAUGUCUUUGUAGAUCCUGGUAAUACUGGAUUAGGUCCAGAGAAAACAUCAUUCUUUCAGGCUCUUCAAAUUGCUACUAAGAUUUCUCGUGGUACUAUUGAAAUACUGAAUAGAGUACAUUUGAUCACGAAAGGAGAUAAAGUUGGAGCCUCAGAAGCUGCUUUACUUCAAAUGUUGAAAAUAUUUCCUUUCUCAUAUGGUUUGAUUGUGUCUCAAGUUUAUGAUUCUGGAUCAGUGUUUUCAAAGAUAUUGGACAUUAGUGACGAGGACCUCUUAAAACGUUUUGCUGAGGGGGUGACUCAAGUGGCAGCACUUUCCCUUCAAAUUGGAUAUCCCACUGUUGCGUCUGUACCUCAUUCAAUUGUUAAUGGAUUCAAGAACGUGUUAGCUGUUGCCAUAGCAACAGAUAUAACAUUUAAAGAAGCUGAACAGGCUAAAGCAAUUAUAGCUGAUCCCACGGCAUUUGCUGCAACUUUAGCAGCUGCAGUUCCGCAAGAAGAGGAAACAAAAAGAGGAAGUGAAAGAGGAGGCAGCUGCUGCGAUAGUGACAGUGAUAGUGACGAAGAUAUGGGAAUGGUCUCUUCUGUUGUACCCACACAGACGUACUCUGAGUUCAUGAAACCACGAACAUCUACGUUAUGCGUGUGA